CCCCCGAUCUCCAACCAGCGCCUUCCACGGCUGCACGGCUGUCUCAAGCUGUCUCUGCCUCUGUGCCUGGCCCUUGCCCUGCCCCUCGAUAGCAUCACCCUUACCUGCCACAUGGGCCCUCUGUCUCCUACCAGGACCAUGCGCCUCUGGGGGCCUCGGAGCCUGGGGGUGGCUCUGGGAGUCUUCAUGACCAUCGGAUUUGCCCUCCAGCUCUGGGGGGGCCAGAAGAGGCUACCAGGCCUGCAACUCCGACAGCCCUUGGCCCCAUCCCUGGGAUCAGCUGUUUCAUCCUGCCCACCCCGGCAGCGGCUUGUGUUCCUGAAGACGCAUAAAUCUGGGAGCAGCUCUGUGCUGAACCUGCUUCAUCGCUACGGGGACCGAAAUGGGCUGCGCUUUGCCCUCCCUGCCCGCUACCAGUUCGGCUACCCAAGGCUUUUCCAGGCCUCUUGGGUCAAAGGCUACCGCCCUCAGGGUGGAGACACCAAGCCCCCCUUCCACAUCCUCUGUCAUCACAUGAGGUUCAACCUGAAAGAGGUACUUCAGGUCAUGCCUUCUGACAGCUUCUUCUUUUCCAUUGUCCGAGACCCAGCAGCUCUGGCCCGCUCUGCUUUCUCCUACUAUAAAUCCACCUCAUCGGCCUUCCGCAAGGCACCAUCCUUGGCUGCCUUCCUGGCAAAUCCUCGAGCCUUCUACCGGCCUGGAGCCCGUGGGGACCACUAUGCACGCAACUUGCUCUGGUUUGAUUUUGGCCUCCCCUUCCCCCCAGAGAUGAAGACCAAGAGAGGGAAUCCUCAUCCUCCCAGAGACCCCAAAUCCCCACAGCUGAAUGUUUUGCCUUCUGGUGCUGGCCUGAGAGCCCACCACACCCUGGAUCCCAGUGCUCUCUUCCAUCCUGCUCCCACAGUUGCUGGUGGUCACAGCCAGACAUCCAGCACUGCCUCUCUAGGUUUGGGGUCUUCAUCCUUCAUCCAGUGGAGUCUGGCCUGGCUAGACUCUGUCUUUGACCUGGUCUUGGUGGCCGAGUACUUUGAUGAGUCAUUGGUUCUACUGGCAGAUGCCCUGUGCUGGGGUCUAGAUGAUGUGGUGGGCUUCAUGCACAAUGCCCAGGCUGGAGGUGAGCAGGGCAGAAGCGCGAUCAGCAGUAGUGGACUGACUGCUGAGGACAGGCAGCUGACUGCAAGGGCCCGAGCCUGGAACCACCUGGACUGGGCUCUCUAUGUUCACUUCAAUCACAGUCUAUGGGCACGGAUCAAUCAAUACGGCCAGCGCCGGCUGGAGAGUGCUGUGGCAGAGCUCCGGGCUCGGCGAGAGGCCUUAGCUAAACAUUGUCUAGUGGGGGGUGAGGCUUUAGACCCCAAAUAUAUCACUGACCGUCGAUUCCGCCCUUUCCAGUUUGGGUCAGCUAAGGUUUUGGGUUAUGUACUUCGGAGUGGACUGAGUCACCCAGACCAGGAGGAGUGUGAGCGCCUGGCUACCCCUGAGCUACAGUACAAGGACAAGCUAGAUGCCAAGCAGUUUCCCUCAACAGUCUCUCUGCCCCUUAAGACUUCAAGGCUACUCUCCCCCUAAUCAUCAGACUACUAAGUCUUAGCUUAAAAGCAGCUAAGCUGUUAAGUGCACACACCAUGAGUAUGGGGCAGCCAGAUGCCAUUUCUGUUUCCCUCUGAAAGCAUGUUUGUGCCCUAGAAGAUGAGUGAAACUUUGCCCAGAGGUGGACACCAAGUCCUUCAGCCUGUGUGGGAGGAAUUCCAGUCGUUCAGCUCCUAGCAGUACCCCUCCCCCCCAACUUUGUCCCUUCCUCCUUCCAAACCGCUGGCAGGUUCCCAGAGCACUCUCAAAAGUCCCCAGGAGGAGCAAAUCAUGGAGUACGCCAGAAAUAACUUGAAUGAAUAAUGCAUCCAUUUCGCUAUGAAUUAUUUGGUUCCAGACUAUGCUCAUUUCACUGCGAAAUGUUUGUGAAUGAAUAAAUAAUUUGAACCUUU